AAUCAUUUCACAGCAACAGAGGAAGCAGCAGCGCAGCGUGUUCCGUCCGUGGAUGAGGACGAUGAGACUCGUUUGAAAACAGAACAAAAGUGGAUUUUACUGUGAAUGUACUUACUGGGUUUUCCACACAUCGAGAUCGAGAGAAAGGUUGAUGUUAUGAUGAGAGCGUGAGCUGGUUCACAGCUGAUUAAUUUUAACGCUUCGGAAAGUGCUCAGCAGAUCUAAAGAGAGAGUAAUAACACAAAACAACAUGACGUCCACCGAAGAGCCGUCUGGCACGGUCCUGCACCGACUCAUCCAGGAGCAGCUACGCUAUGGAAACCCCACGGACACCCGUACCUUGUUAGCCAUCCAGCAGCAGGCUCUGCGUGGAGGCAGUGGGAGCAACAGUGGACCCAGCAGUGGAGGAGACAUGGGCAGGAGUCCACGAUCCUCUCUGGAGAGUCUCAACCAGGAGGACCCUAUGUUCCCCCAGCUCUCUGCGAGGCAGGAGCCUCAGGGCCAGGAGCACCAGGGAGACUACCACCACUCAGAAAGUGGUUAUCAGCUCUACCAGCUGCACGGAGAGGAGCUGCCAACGUAUGAGGAGGCCAAAGCGCAAUCUCAGUAUCUUGCCUCUCACUGGACCUCCACGGGCCCAAUCAGGCAACUCCACGAAGGGAAGCUCCUUCAUGAGGGGGUCUUCCACGAGGAGGGAGAUAUGGUGGAGCCCAAGUGCAGCCAUGUGCGGUCGCUCAGUGAGCAUCGUAUGCAGAUAUCUCUGGAGAGGAACGAUGCAGCCUUUAAAGCAGAGACACUAAACAGCGCCUCGCACAGUUACCCCGAGCUGCCUUACUACAGCCCACCAACCCACCAGAGCACAGGGCUGAGUUUGGGCAAACAUAGCCCCCCUCCAGAUUACUCAGUCCCUGUUCAGGGUCAAGGAUUUAUCCCUCACCAGGUCCAGGAGCCAGUGCAGGCACAGCAGCACAGGUAUGUACAGUCAGGCCAGCCGGCUGAAGUCUCCUGCUACACGUUCUCCAGCCUGCCACCUGCUGGUUUGGAGGAGCCCAACCAGGUGGAACUGCUGCUGAUGGAGAAUGAGAGGUUGAGGCAAGAGCUGGAGGCACACAAGGAGAAAAGUGGCCGUAUUGAGAAGCUGGAGCAGGAGAUCCAGCGAAUUUCAGAGGCCUAUGAGACACUGAUGCAGGGCAGCAGUAAGAGAGAGAACCUCGAGCAGACACUGAGGAGGCGGCUGGUGUCUGAGAUCAGGAGGCUGCAGGAUUUCAACAGAGACCUCAGAGAAAACCUGGAAAAUGCCAGGACGCAUGUUGCAAAAGAAGUUCAAGCAGCCGACCAUAAUCAGCACAUCAUGGCCAAACUCCUUGAACAAAAUGAGGAGCAGAACUUCGAGCGGGAGCGCGUAGAGCGAGAGCUGCAGCGCUUGCGAACCACGGCGGAGGAGCAGAGCCUCAGGGCCAAGCGACUUGAUGAGGCCUUGGAGGCGGCUCGAGGACGAGGCCGUCAGCUUGAGGAGGAGUUGAGGAGGAAGAGAGCAUAUGUGGAGAAGGUGGAGAGGCUUCAGAGUGCUUUGGCUCAGCUACAGUCCACCUGUGAGAAGAGGGAGAGUCUUGAGAUGAAGCUGAGGACACGACUUGAGCAGGAGCUGAAGAGUCUGAGGGCGCAACAGAGGCAAACCCAGCCACCAGGAGUGACCAUGAGCUCCCUCCAAGAGCGUCUGCGUGAGCGGGAGGAGCGAAUCCUAGCACUUGAGGCCGACAUGGUGCGCUGGGAGCAGAAGUACUUGGAGGAAAGCACCAUGAGGCAGUUUGCCAUGGAGGUGGCUGCCACUGCUGCUGCGCAGAGAGACACCACCAUCAUUAACCACUCCCCCUGCCACUCCUCUAACAACAGUUUCAACGAAGACCUGCCAGUUGCUGACUACAGGAAUCAAGAGAUGGAGAACAGGAUCCGUGCUCUUUACGCUCAGAUCUUAGAAAAGGACGCAGUGAUCAAGAUCCUCAACCAGCGGUUGCAUCAGGACCAGGGGCGGAAGGAUGAGCAAAAUCCCCGAACAAGUCACCUGAACAUAGCGGGGGCACCUCUCCGACCGGCCUCUUCCACCCCCUCCAUCUGCACCUUCAAGAGUAACACAAAGACUAGAGGUAAGAGUCUUUCCGAUGAUCAGACUUUGCCAAACCGUCAGUUCUCUGCUCAAUCAGAACCUGGAACAUUAGAGCGGCACACGGAGGGAACCAACCCCAAAGAGGCCACCGGCACAACUAAGCUCCACAGUGACAAGGCAGCUCCUAAGAAGUUGCUAUUAAACCCUUUCAGAGGCCUGGAAGAGCUGGAGUCGGAGGCAGUGGAGAUCUUCAUUUAAAAAGGACUGAGGAGUGGAUUUUAAAUGAGGGGUGAAAAGCAAUUCUGAGAAUCUGUGAAGAGUGUCUUUACAUAGUGAAUGGAAGAAAAUAUUGGAUGCAAGAAUGUUUGUGUAAAGAGGCCAAAGCACGAAAAAAAAGGACUGUUUUCACUUUUAAGAGACAGAGCUGUGCUCCGACACAUUUACUCUCAGUAAGCUAAGGCAGCUGCAGGCAGUCUGCCCGGCUGAGGGAGAGAACGAUGAAUCUUCUGAGGUACUUGGACAGUAUUGUGGAUUGUAAUAGGGCAACAUGUUCUCAGAAGGUGUAUGCCGGAAUAUUUAUAUAAAUAUAUAUAUUGAUAUUGAUAUAUUAUUGCUGCUCCCCUUGUAUAUUCCCUCUUUAUCU